ACGUCUUCUUGCGAUUUUAAGUGCAGUAAAUUUUAGAAAAAUUAAUAAAAAAAAUUUGAAAUUGAAUUAAAAAAUAAUUAAUCAAAGGAAAUGUAGAAUAAUAUAUUCUUCUUAUAUCUUGGAAACCAUAAAAUUGAUUUCAUUAGUAAUACAUGUGUAAAAUCCUUAUUAAAAAGUAUCAGAAGGAUAUUUUUCACAUUAAGUACAUAUUAAAAAUUUAUUAGCACAACAUAAUGGCCUUACCAACUGCAGCUUUUUUAAAACAACCAUCACCUCUGGCACAAUUAUUAGAAGAAAUUAAUUUUCAAAGAACAAAAGAAAUGCGGCAGCUUAUGAAAGACGAUAGUGGAUUUGUGGUAUUGCAAGGAACAACUUAUUGGACAGAUUUAUUUGUGAGACAUUUUUUGUUUCAAACGGAGCCGGUUCAUAAUAUGGAUUCCGAUGAUUUAUUGUUUUUCGUUAGGAAAAAACAUGUAAAAGGUACUUCCAGACAUAUGCCGAAAUUUGAGACUGAAGUAGAUGUAUAUCGUAAAGAUUCUCGUAAACUGCCAAUUGGAGAUCCAGAUGUUGAUUGGGAAGAAACUGUUUAUUUAAAUAUGGUAAUACAUCAGUUUAAUUAUACAUUGACAUUAGCUAUAUGCACAAGAACAUCACCAAAAGAAUUACAAGUAUUAAGACGACAUUCGCAACGAGUUUAUGCUAGUCCAAGUAGAAGGAAAAUGGAUACAAAAGGAGAAAAUGAGGAAAUGACAUAUCCACACAUAUGUUUUAUGGUUGACAAUUUCGAUGAAGUAUUUAGUGAUAUAUUAGUAAGGGAUGGUGAAAUGGUAUGUGUAGAAUUAGUGGCCAGUGAUAAAGAUGGAGCAGUACAAGGAGUUAUAUUUCUUGGUUCAAUAAGAUAUGAUGCACUUAAAAAAGUUUAUGAUGCAAGGCAAUCUAGUCUUAGUUCCAAAGUGGCGCAACGAAUGACUUUUGGAUUAUUUAGUAGCGGAGCUGGAGUUCAAACUAGAUGUGAAUUUGUUCGAAUGAAAGGACCACAGGGUAAAGGUCACGCGGAAAUGGCUGUUACAAAACCGAAAGGUUCUGGUGUUGAAACUCCGACUAGCGAACCAGGUUUUUGUGCUACAGAAAUGUGGGAUGAAUGGGAAGAAGAUCCUGAUGAAUAUUUUACAAGACACCAACGUCGUCUUAGUGAUCCAUCCGCAAACCUAAAUAAUUUUAGUCGUUAUGGAUGGAAGUAUGCUAAAAAUAUGGAACAAAAUACUGGCUCUAAAGCACGUUCUGAAAAUGAAGGAUUGGACUCAAUAGCUAAUGAAGUUUCUGAGAUUGAAGCAGGAGACUUAAGAGAUGAUCGAGGUCCUGCUUCCUCAGCAUCACAACAGACGAAUAAACUAACAGAAAAUGUUAACGAAAAUGAAAAACAAAUAAAUGAGACGAAAUGUAAUAUUCUUUUGAAUCAAACAUGUUCUAGUGACAUCAAAAUCACUUCAAAUAAUACCAUAAAUAAAUCUGUAGCAACAGCUACAAGUACUAAUAUUAAAGAUAAUAUUAAUGUUGAGAACGUUACAGAAUCAAAUAGCAAUUCGGCAUCGUCUGCUACAGCUGUUACAGCUUCUAAUAUCAAAAAUUUUAUUAUAACCAGUAAAAAUGAUACUAACGAUAAUAAUGACCAAAAUAUCGAAAAUAUUGAACUUCAACAAAUUUCUGCAUCUAAAACAAUAAUACCAGCAAAGGAAAUGGAAGAUGCAAUUAUUAAAUCACCACCAUCAUCUGGAUAUUGUUGUACUAAUUGUUUUAGUCCUAGCAAAUGUAAACGUUGGUCAGAUACAGAUUCAGCUCAAAUGUCGGAAAUUUACUGUCGUUCAACGCUAUCAGCUGAUGAUGGAAUUGGUGUUGCUAAUGAAACUCCUGCUUGUUUAGAAAAAUUUCCAGUAAAAAGAUCUCGACAAAUUAUUAAUACUGCCAGUAAUAAAAAUAAAGAAAUAUCAACAGUAAAACUCGCAAGCACUGAUUUAUCUAGAAAAAGAGCAACACUAAGAACAUCAUCAUUACCUCGAAGUAAAUCAUUAGCUGCUACAGGAUUAUCAACAACCAUAAUAUCAACUCCAAAAAAAGAUAAUAUUACAAGAAAAGUAAUUUUCACAAGUAGUUUGAAAAAAGACUCGAAAUUAGAGAAAAGUAAUGGUCAUAAAUUGGCGUCAUUAACUUCAAAUAAAAAGAAGAAUAUUCCUGUUUCUGCAAACAGUAUAGGUAAUAAUGGAAAAAAAAUUAACUCAAGCAAACUAAACAAUAAAACCGUUAAUAACUCAAGUAAAUUAAUUUCUAAUAAAAAUUGUAAAAAUCCAAUUAUUAAAGAACCAGCUCAAACGAAAAAAAGUUCAAAUAAAUUUGAAGAAUACGAAAUAGGUGAUGACGUUACAUCAUUAAAUGAAGAACAAAUUAUUGCAACAAAUAUCGAAGAAAAUGAGAAAGUAAAAAUUUGCGUUUUAAAUGAAAACGAUUCAGAGCGUAUUCGUGUUCAUGGUAAAGAAGAAUUGCCAGUUGUUCAAACGGCAUCCACUACAUCUAAAAUAAAGAAUUCAUCGAAAGAGGAAGAUAAUAAAAAUUCAUUAAAAUCAAGAACCACAAUAAAAGUAACAGAUAAUUAUAUUUUAGAAUCAACAAUUAAUAGUAAUAUUGAAAAAUGUGUGCCUAUUGAAACCAAAUGCCAUCCAUUAGAACCCGAAAUAAUAAUUGGGAAAACCUCAAACACAAUAUCUAGUGAAACAAAUUUUGAUGUAUCAGUUAAUAAAGCUCAAAUUAAUGAAAAUUAUUGUCAGAAUCAGAAUGAAGAAUCAUCAUCACAAGUUGAAUUGAAAAUUGAAAAUGAUGAAGAUGAAAGUGAUAAAAGUAUAACAGAAACUACAAAACUAUUAGGUGAUUAUAAUGGCAAUAAAAAUAUAAAUAACUGCAAUAAUAGUCAAAAUAAUAGCAAUACAAAUAAUAAUAAUAAUAAUAAUGAUAAUAACAAUGAUAAUAAUAAAAUAAAAGACAGUAAUGAUAAUACAACAUUAACAAAAACUUUAUCAUCAAAUAAUAAUGAUUUGGAAACUUUAGAAUUAUGUAAUAAAGAAAAUGAUUUAAGCAAUACUAGCAAUAAUAAUUUGCAUAGAACUAGAUCUUUACCAGGUAUUAAAUGCACAUUUAUGCGUAACAGAUCAUUAUCAAAUUCAGAAAGACAUCAAAAUUUACAAGAAAAAUUAUUAAAAAUUGUGCCGAAACAUGUAACACCCGAUGGAACGAGUAUAUACUAUUGGUGUGAUUUGACUCAAACGAAAAAAAUUUCAAAAGAAUUAGAUGACGGGGCAUAUAAUCCGUUAUGGGCUAGUAAAGGAUUUACACAACAAUUUCAUUUCUGGAAAGAAAGUCGUCGUCAGCAGUCCACACCGUUAAAUGCGUUUCUUACUUAUGUAACAUUACCUUGGUGGAGUAUAGCAAAAGAUUUAUUGGAUCAUCGAGAAACACCCAUACUAACGUUUUAGUAUUUAAUAUUGUUUUAUUUUAUUAUAAAAACAUUUUCAUUUUAAAAAAAAAAAAUUUAAAAUUAAAGAUUGAUUUAAACGAUUUUCAUCGCAAUUUUGUUAGUUCAGUUGAUUUGAACCAGAAUGAAACGAUCGAGAUAUUUAUGAAUUAAAGUUUUAUUAUUUUUAAUUUUUUUUUAAUUCUGUGAUAUUAUAUAUUUUUGCUUAAAAUAUUUAUG